AAAGUGUUAAAGCAAAUCAUGGUAUCACCUAAGCCUUCCAUCUAAACCCUUGCGUUAAUCUGCCAAUUUGGUCGACGGGAAGCAAAACAUUACCACACUGACCGUUUGUGAUCUUCGGCUGACAUUAUCGCCGGAAAUUCUGAAGAAACAAGUUCAUUUUCAACAGAAACACCGGAGGCGGUGGCGAAAGAGGUGGUGAACAUUUUUGAAGAACAAAAAAAUGGUGGAAAUUCCUUCCAUAGAUUCAUCAGCAACCACCAACAUUGCACCCCUUAAACGCUAUGCCCCUCCCAGUCAGCGGAAUCGUUCACUUGGUAGGCGAAAAUCUGGAGGAGAUCGACUUGAACAAGUCAAUAGCAAUAGUAAUGAUGGAGAGAAGAAUCAAAUUAGUGCCUCCAGGUCAAAAUCUUCUGAUGAUGCUGGUGGCAGAUAUCAAGCAAAUGGGAAUCAUUGGACAGGGUUAAUACCGCUACAAGGAUGUUCUGGCAAUGAUGCUUUUCAGCUUCUAAAUAGCCAUAUGUUUCUUAGAUUAAUUCUGAGCUGAAUUUGUUACUUCGAAUAACAGUUUGUCAGUAACUUACAUAUUCUCUGUUAACCAUUUCCUAUGCUGUAAUGUAUUGUGGUCAUUUGGUUUCAGUCUUUCCUCUAGUUCAGUUGGUGUGGUGUGAUGAUGUUUAGCCAUGUAUUUUCCUUCAUUUUCUUUAUUAUUUAUGUGGGAUCUGAGUUCUUUACUUGUAUAUAGAUACUGAUUCUUCACAUCUGUCCGUGAGGAAAAUGAGAUGAAUGGUGAUAUGCAUUUAGAUGGCAUAAUUUUUCCCAUCAUAAAUGAGCAACUACUGUUGUUUUUCUGAUUAAAUUCUUUAAUCCAGCCACUUUUCCAUAUCAAUCCUUGUUGACCUAAUUGGGAAGAAUGCCUGUCAAAUUCAGUUAGCCAGUUGUAGGAUAGGUCUCAGUUAAGAUGAGUGAGCAAGCCUCACAUACCAUCUCUUUCGGUUGUUUUGGUUCUUUGUCAGCCAGUUUCCACUCUUGGAUGAAUAAUGGUGGUAGCAGUUCCUCUUAUGAACAAUUAGUUGCGAGCGAUAAUGUUAAGAAAAUGUUGCAUG